AUGCAAUCUGUGAUAAAAAGUAAAUGUAUUUGUGCCCUUGAGAUAAAAUAUGCAACAACUGGGUUGACUCUUGUUCUGGUAGUGCCUAAGGGGCGAAGCCUCCGAAACCUGGCGGCUCACAUGUCAACCACAAGUCUUCAAAGCAUUGUUGAUGUAAUGCAGAGCAAGCGUAUAGCAGCUACCUUACCGCUUUUUACUUUACGAAUGACUUUGCUUCUACCCGCUAAAAUGCAAACAAUGGGAAUAACGCGGCUGGUGGACAAACGGUGUGACGGUUUAAAAUUGUCUCAUGCCAUUCAGAGGAUCAUGUUUUGGUCUGAAGCUGGACGAUAUGCAUUUAAAGAUGACGGAAUAGAGUGGGAUGAAACUCCAGAGCAGAGAAUCAUUUUCAAUCGGCCAUAUUUAUUUUACGUGCGAUGGCAUAAUGUCACAAUAUUAAAUGGCAAUUUUGUACUGUGA